AUGAUUCCAGCUAGCCGAAACGAAGAAAUUUACGCUGCUGUGAUCUGUUUUACGCUCUCAGUAUUGGGCAUCAUAACAAACGGUAUUGCAGUUGCAGUUAUUGCAUCUGAGAAACAUUUGAAAAAUGCUUUUGGUUAUUCCUGCAUGUCGCAUGCUAUUGGUAGCCUUGGUGUAUUGGUAAUUUUCGUCACAUGGGUACCAAUUCAAUUUAUUUUGUAA